UUUUAAAGAGCCUUCUAAUUCAGGGGGCCUUUUUUGUCCAGUUAUGAAGCCUUUCAUUGUACUAGCACUCUGCUGUAGUUUUUUCUCUAGCAGAGCCACUCCUCUUCCAUUUGAGUUUUUGGACUGUGAUGACCCUGAUGUCUUUAAAGCUGUCGACACAGCGCUGAAGAAAUACAAUGGAGACAGGGCAACUGGUAAUCAGUUUGCUCUAUACAUGGUGAUGGAAGCCAAGAGAACUGCAGGUCCUGACACACAAUUCUAUGUGAAAUAUCGAAUACAAGAAACCUCCUGUGCCACUGAUGAAAACAAACUCUGGCAAGAUUGUGAUUACAAAAUACCUGCAGAGGCUGCAAGAGGAGAAUGCACAGCUCAAGUUCACAUGAAUAAUGAUGAAAAACCAAGUAAUGUUUCACAACGUUGUAAGAUUUUUCCAGCUACGCCAAAGGUAACACUUACUGGGGCUACGUGUCUUGGAUGCUUUCAUCCUAUAUCAAGUGACAGCUCAGAAGUGUCAGAAAUUCUGAAACAAGCCAUUCAAAAGUUUAACCGGCACAGCGCUGAACCCAACCUUUUUAAGCUUGUGGAAAUAAAAGAAGCUAAAAGACAGGUGGUAGCUGGAUGGAAUUACAUAAUUAAAUAUGAAAUCAAGGAGACCAACUGCUCCAAAGACCAAUUUCAAGAUUUAACUCCAGAGUGCAAAACCAUUUCUACAGGUCUUGUAGGUAAAUGUGAUGUCAAAGCAUUUCAAAAUCUUCACUCGCAGAUCGUAGAUACUGCAAGCCAAUGCAAGCUUCCAGUUGAACACACGGAAAUUCCUCGCACUGGUUGUCCAAAGACUAUCCCAAAAGACAGUCCAGAACUGAAGGAACUACUGAAGGUUUCUAUGGAGAAGUAUAAUUCAGAGAGCAACGAUGAUUUCUACUACAAAAGUGGAGAAAUAAAAGCAGCAACAGUUCAGGUGGAUGCAGGACAAAAUUACCAUUUAACAUUUUCAGUCUGGAAGACAAACUGCUCAAAGAAAGAGUUUGAAAAAUUUAAUGAAGACUGUGAAGCCAUAUUGGACAGUGCACCACUGCCAUGUGAAGCACAAAUUCACGUGACCCUACAGGAGAAUAAAACCUUUCCCCAGGUUAACUGCUCUAAAGAACGGUCAAUGGCUGUACUUCUAAGGCGGCCUCCUGGAUUCACACCUUUCCGAAGCUUUGCUGCGCUAGCCCAGCCAAAUGAAGUUUUGUGCUCUGAUACAAAUGAAGAUGAGCAAAGACCUAGCAAAGAACCAGGAAAAGAUGGUGGACAGGAACCAGAAGGUGAAGGUGAAUCUGAGCAUAAACACAGGCAUAAACAUGGGCAUAAACACAGGCAUGGACAUAAAAAAGAUCAUGAGUCUGAAAGAAGGCAUAGGCAUGAAAAUAGUUGUAGGCACAGAACUGGCGAUGGGUGUGGGCAUAAAAAACACAGUAAAAAUGGUAAACACAAAGAUCCAAAGCUCAGAUCUUCUGAGGAGUCCAGUGAGAGGGGUUUUAAUCAAAACGAAACCCUUUCAUCAUCCAGUGCUGAAACAGCGUCAGAGCUAGUUAAACCUGGGGUUGUGAGAAAGGAAACCACUACACCUGUAGAACCACUAGUUCUUCCUGAUAUUUCUUUAUUUAAUGGGUUGCCAGAUCAUGCAGAAUCUCCUGCUCCCAGAUGUCCUGGAAGACCAUGGAAACGAAUUAUGGACCUUCCCAGAGAAUUCACAAAUGAGGAUCUUUUGCCUUCUGCAGUAGAAAACAUCAAUCCAGCAACAGAAAACUCAACAUCUCCCCAAAACAUAGAGAAAGACCUUGAUCUCUCAGAUGCUUUACUGUAA